AUUUCCAGUGGAACCUAAGAAAACAGAAAUGUGGACCACGUUAUCGCUGUGUACAUCAUAUUCGCCAAAUGCGAAACAUUUAUACAAGUUCUUAAUUCGCGAGUGUCGUAAAUUGCCAAAAGACGCUCAACCGUAUUACAAAAAUUUUGUUCGACAGGGAUUUGGUCAACAUGCUGAUGAGGCUGAUCCUGAAAGGGUUAAGCAAAUAAUGCAGCGUGCUGUUGAAGACUCAAAGUGGAUUUUGAAUAAGUAUUGCACAAAAAAGUAGAUGUAAAGCAUUUUAAACACAAGAUGGCUGAAACAUUUUGGAAUGCUCUAAAAGUGUGGAGCCAAAAGCCCCACGUAGUCAACAAACGCCUGACAGGUGUUGCAUCUGUAGCCCAGUGGAAAUGUACAUCUAAUUUUUCGUCGUGGGAAGAGAUAGUUGAAAAACACUUAGAAUUGAUUGGUCUUAAUGAGGUAGAAAUAGAAAAGAGAAUGAGCAGUCAUCUGUGGUCAAAAUCAGAACACUGGACCAUUGAAAAUCAUGAAGAGAAUACAUGCUUUGCCUCGGUCAGAAGAUGUUUGCCUAAGCAAACACGUCGCCAUCAGACUGUUCUUGAGCUCGAAGUCAUAGAUUUUAAACUUAAGUGCGCUGUUUAUGUACCUUUAAAUGAAGCUAUCGAAGGAGAAAUCGAAAACCUCAUUCCUCCUUGCCCGUACGCUGCAUGUUUGGUAUCCUCGGACAUUGAACUAAAAGUUUUUAAAAGCGAUACCAGAGGCGAGUGGCUUCUGCUUCACGUCUUGCCUAAGUUGAGAAAAUGGUAUGCUGAGAUGGAUAAUCAUUCUGGAGUGGACUCUGUUCAUUUGGUGUCAUUAGAGGCCUAUAACAACCUCUACCAGGAAUUGAAAAAAAAAUAUGUUCCUAACAUUGCAAAGGUGUGGCCUGAAUGUACAGACCCCCAAAAAUUUAUUCACGAGGAUGUAGCUAUUGCUUCAUACCUCAUCCUCUUAUGGCGCCAAGAACGGGAACGUCUCCAGUUGGAUUCCAAUUACAGGCAGACGUUUAUUGACAUUGGUUGUGGCAAUGGGCUUUUGGUUUACCUGUUAACAUCAGAAGGAUAUCAAGGAAAAGGUAUCGAUAUACGAGCUCGCAAAAUUUGGUCUUUGUAUCCGCCAGAAAUUCAACUCGAGAUCUCGACUUUGGUACCGUCUGAAGAGACUUACUUUCUCGAGUUUGAUUGGCUUUUGGGAAAUCACUCAGAUGAGCUGACUCCCUGGCUUCCCGUUAUGGCAUUACAGAGUUCGAUCAAGAGGCAUCCAGCCCACCUGCCCACACGGUACUGGGUCCUGCCUUGUUGUCCGUUUUCAUUUUGGGGCAAAUUUCAGCGCGAAAAAUUCAAUUCGGCAAACAGUUCCCGUUAUUUCGAAUAUUUGCGCUUCGUUGCCGAUAUUGGACGCAAUUGCGGGUAUGAUGUUGAAGAAGACAGACUGCGAAUCCCUUCGACAAGGCGUACGUGUUUCGUUGGCACUAUUCAUAAAAAAAGUGACUCUGAAUGGGCCGAUUUGCUGAAGAUCAAAACAAACAUGAUCGCGUUGAGCAAAGAAGGCGUUGAAGAAACCAUGUUUCAGCCACGUUCUGCCGUAGAACUUAUCCGCAACUGUACGAGAGUGGAACGAAGUAUACAGGAUGCGUUCGUUAAUUUGACGGCCAAAUAUCUGCUCAAAUGUGGAUUCGAGAAACAGCCCGGGGAAUGGAAUCAAGGAGGUGAAAUUAAUUUAACUGACUUGGUAACGUUGGUAAGUGAAGAGUUUAAAGAUUUAAGCCGGUUAAAAAAUGAGUGUGGAGGAAUCCAAACAUUGCUGCGAAACCAUUCCCAUAUCUUCGUUGUGCAAAACAAGUGUGUACGUUUUCGUUCUCCACAUGAAAUAUCAGUUGAGGAAUGGCGGAACCAACAGAAAAAUCCAGAAGCAAAAAGGAAAUUGCGGUUGGCUGCAAGUGCUUGCGCAAUUACGAAAAAGAAAGCCUGUUGGUUUUUCGCGAAUCAUCCAGAUGGAUGUCCUUUGACACGAGACUCAUGCCGAUAUGUUCAUUAACGUCAAUGCGGUCGACUUAAAGAAAUACAUGAAAAUCUGUUUUGAUGGUAAAGGACAACUUUGGUUACGCACUGCGUGAAUGUUGCAACAACACGACUCUCUCAAACGCGUACUUAUUACAGUGAUUUUACUGUAUUGGAAAGCAAACCCGGGUCUAUUGCCUUACGCAAUAGAUAGGCAAUUUGCCUAUCAAUCCAAUGGUCUACCACUGAGCUAUUGGGGGUUUUGUAUCAUGAUCUAUUGUUUCAACACCUUAACGUUGGCCACUAUGCACGAGUGCACAUUCAGAGAUACAAGUUGAUUAUGAUUCUUUUGAUUCCCUUUAAUUUAUCAGCUGGUAGGCUUUGUGUUGCUUUUAGUGUCCUAUACUAAAAAUGGGCAAUUUUAAAUUUUAUACUUUCGUUAGCACGGGCCAACGCUCUACCACAUACAGGGGAGAAAGAUACAAGAACGGUACGGCUGCCGCAUCGCAUAUAGGAAAUCUGUGGUUCAAUUCCCUGCCAGGUUUCAAGGAGAUGUUUCGUGAAGUCUACACUCAACGAGAAAAUAAAAAAUGAGCUGUAUUAUUCUAACAAUUUCAAAAUUUUUUUCUUGCCUGUAUUAGGGUGUUGAAGCUUUUAUUCUGUGUUUUUCUUGCUAUCAACAGUACAGGCUGACCCUACGAGCAACGACAGUUUUAGCUACAAAUGCUUAGCUUCUCGUCUUACAACUAGUAGUUGAUAUUCUAGGUUUUUAUAUUUAAAAUUAGAAUCAACUGUCUGUAGGAGGAAAAACUAGAUGGCGUUGACGUGCACUUUGAUAAAGAUCACGAAUGACAAGUAAAAUGCGUGUUAGUAUCAUAAUAUAGUGGUAUCGUAAUGUAUUUUUUUAUUAAUUUCACGGGACGCUGAUGUGUGUGUGUGUUUGUGUUUAGGUAGUCAAUCAAUGCUGCCUGUUCUGCACUUGGGGAAUAUUGCAUGGUUCAUUGAUUUGGUACAACACCACUCCAAUCCAUAGUGGCAAUUUUUAUUUCCGUGCAAGUGCCCUUCUAACUUUUGACAUAGCAAGAGGUGAGGAGAAAACUGGGAUGUGUGAGUUGUUUGCUGUUAUCUAUUUUCUUGAUUUUCUUUAAAUUCUUUAACCUUCUGCAAAAGGCAUGGAUUAAUCCUUGGAAGAAUUCCUUGUUGCAGUGAAGUUAACAAAAAAAAAUCAGUGUACAAUUGGCACUGAUUUUUGUUAUUUUAUUUGUUUUAAUUUUUUUUUCCGAUUUUUCAACCUAUCAAAAACUUCGCGAACACCGAGAGCUCUUGAUUCCUCAUUCGACCCAAGGAGGCCCCAAUUGGAUGAAGUCAUCUAGUGGUCGAAAAUUAGACUACUUGAAACUCUGGUCAUCUUUAAUUUCCCUGUGACAACGGAUAACGAGUGGUUAACAUGUUUGUUACGUUCCCCAAAUCUUAAAACUCGAAGGAUAUUUCAACCAAAAACUAACGGCAUGUUAUUUACAAUUGAUUUCCCUUGUGAUCAGCCAAGCAAGUUACUCAUCAGAUACCUGUGGACAACUUAUAUCUGCAACUCGCCAUUAUGAUUUCCCAGUGAGAGGAUUCACAUUCUGCUUUCACCUGUAAUAGGCAUCAUACUUUCAUUACUAUAGAAGUUAUGAAACAAAACACACAAAUGAUGCUGACGCUGUAGUUUACUGUUGUUUUCCAUCUGGUUGGUGCAACAUAUUCAUGUUUAUGUGGUGAAAUAUCCACCGUUUCAUCACCAAAACAUCAAACAUUCUACAACCAUACAUUGUCAUCAUCCACCUAACCAUUAUCUUCUCAGAAAUCUUCGUCUCAUUUCAACUUAACCAGCUAAGAUUCAAAGGCUUUGACAUCUUUGGUAUUUUAAGUUUCCACUGUGUGAAGUGUCGUGCCAUUGUAACGAAGAAUCUAGUGAUAGGAUUGCAAGUAUUCAUCAUCCUACUGUGCAAAAAUUGUCUUCCUAAUAACUUCUGUAGUUCUCGUCCCCAAUUAACCGCACACAACUACUUUUUCUUCCUCUUCCCACGGAUGCAAAAUCAACCAUCGACGUUCCAGUUAUGCUGUCCUUGUCUACCGGAGUCAUUUACGCGUAGCGCCAUGGCUGAGCAACAUGGAGCAAAUGAUAUAAGGGCUAGCAGCGAUAUCCCGCGGCGAUGGAGAAGGGGUUCACCGAGGAACGUCGUGCUGUGGUAUUGUUUUGUUUUGCUUUGCUUUGUUUGUGUAUAGUUAACCCGUUGGCUGCCACCCCGUUUGCGUCCCAUUUUUUUUUUAGCUUGUAGGGACCGGGCGCUGUUCUACCUCAUGGUCUAUGCCAUGGGGAGAACAGUCGCCGCGCCUUUAGGCGCCGUAGGCAAUGCACCAGUAGGGACUUCUCUUUGUCGAUGCGGUGGUAGAUUCCUGGGGUGUGCAUUCCCGGAAUGGAAUCUAUUACCGUGUCAGCCCGGACUUGUCUUCGGACAAGUCCCACCUUGUUCGCGAUCCUUCUGACGUGAUGCGUAGCAACUGUAGUAAAGCAACCUAUGGGUUGUAUGGCCUGGCAGCCAACGGGUUAACUAGUUAUGUGUAUGUAUGUAUUUGUUUAUGUAUGUUAUUAUGUUCGUAUUGUUAUGUAAAACAGUGGUGGAAUUGAUGGGUGGAGGAGGGACAAUAAAAAUUAAUUCGUUUUAA